AUGGGGUCUACGUUAAAAUUGUGUCAACUGUUGUGUUUGAGUCUCGGACCCGUCUUGUCCGCUAAUCUGGAUCCUGACAUCACGACUUCUAGACCCGCAGCCAACGACGCCAUGGUCACCAUGGAAACGGCUCUCCCCCUGGGAGACUUCCACGUCGACGAGGACAUCAUCAGCGCGAGGGAGAGACAGAUCUACGAGGUCGUCAACUACGUCAUCCUCGGCACGGUCAUCGGGCUCUUCGGCAUCGUCGCCAACAUCAUCAACAUCAUCAUCUUCUACAGACAGGGCCUGAAAACGACUGUCAACGUCAGCCUGUUCGCGCUGGCCAUCUCUGACCUAUGUAGUCUGCUGACCUUGCAGUGGUUCAACAUCUGCGUCAACCCGCUUUUUGAAAACGCCGACGACCUCUUUCCGAUGAUGGCGUCGGAGGUGAUUUACCUGACAGCGGGGAUUCCCCACGACUGCUUCGCUAGAAUUACCUGUUGGAUAACCGUCUACAUCACAGCCGAGAGGUGUCUGUGCAUCACUUUUCCUUUAAAAAUCAAACAACUCAUAACGCCCACCAGAACUACUGUAAUCAUCAGUUUAAUUUACAUUUUAAUGAUGGCGUCUUUUACGCCGGAGUACGCUACAGCCUACAUCGGGUGGAAAUACUACGCCAGUAAAAAUAGAACCUUACUCGGGCUUAAGUUUACGUCUCAUCGUAAACAAGUCGAGGGCUUGACGUUUUUGUUGUACGGAAUUCUGGGUAAACUCUCUUUCGUCGCCGUCGUGUUCUUCACCGUUAUCCUAGUCGUGGUUUUGAGAAAAAAAACAAUAUGGCGUCGGAAAUCCAUCUACGGGCAUCAGAACUCCGAAUCGAUUUCCAACAGAGACAAGAAAACCAUCAACAUGAUCAUCAUCAUCGCUAUUAUCCUCAUCGUCUGCUACACCCCUGGGACAAUCCUAUCCCUGGUGACCUUCUUCGUGCCAGACUUCAGUAUUGUGGGGAACUACGUGAACCUGUUCUUUGCCGUCUGGUCUUUCGGCUUCCUGUUCGAGACGAUCAACUCCAGCGUCAACAUCUUCCUGUACUACAAGAUGAGCUCCAAGUACCGCAGGUCCUUCUGCGGGAUGUUCUCCAGGUGCGUCAAGCCGGACCUCACCUGGAAGGACACCAGCUCCAACAACAACGCCAGCAUGCGGGUGAUGAACGAGAGCAACAGCUACAGCGGUCUGAGGCAACAUGAGUCCAGCUACUAA